CCAAACCGCAGUUUCGAUCGAAGAAAACCUACGACCCGCAGUUCUGUUCGAAUAAACCAACCUCCUCCGAACCCGCGGUUCAGUUCUCAUCCUCCUCGUCCUCUCGCAGUUCAGUUCGAAUAAAGCCUACAACCUGCAGUUGCAGUUCAGUUCGAAUACAACCUCCUACGAACCCGCAGUUCAGUUUUCAUCCUCUCUCCUUGUUGGUCUUUUCUAAAUUUCUUCACAAGAAAAUAGCAAAAUGGCAUCUAUUUCUUAUAGUUCUGCAGUUGCCAAUAAUGCGAGUAAAUUCCUUAACAGCCAUAAUCAAUUCAAUUCGGUGGCAAAAAUAUUCACUCCCAGUAAUUACCGAAGUUGUUUUAAUGUCCGGCCCAUCAAUUUUGAUGCUGCCAAAAAUAGUAUUGAUGUUAAAUACUUUCAAUUUCGCUGGAGUUCUCGCCGUGGUCUUGCCGGAGGAGGCUGUAAUCAAUCUCUGACCACCGUUUUUAACAGCCUUUCAUCUAAUAAUGGGCUCCCUGCUUCUGAAGAAAGAGUGGUGGUGUUGGUUAUUGGUGGAGGAGGAAGGGAGCAUGCAAUUUGUUAUGCCUUACACCGAUCUCCCUCUUGUGAUGCUGUGUUUUGUGCCCCUGGAAAUUGUGGAAUUUCCAACUCGGGGGAUGCAACUUGUAUCUCGGAGCUUGAUAUCUCUGAUAGCUCCGCAGUCAUUGCCUUUUGCCGCGAGUGGGGAGUUGGACUGGUUGUUGUGGGACCAGAGGCUCCUCUUGUUGCAGGUCUUGCUAAUGACCUUGUCAAGGCUGGGAUUCCUACUUUUGGCCCUUCUUCUGAGGCUGCUGCUUUAGAAGGUUCAAAGGACUUCAUGAAGAGGUUGUGUGAUAAAUAUGGAAUUCCAACAGCUAAGUAUCAAUCGUUCACAGAUCCAUCUGCUGCAAAAGCGUAUAUAAAAGAGCAAGGGGCUCCCAUUGUUGUUAAAGCAGACGGAUUGGCUGCUGGGAAAGGAGUUGUUGUGGCCAUGACACUGGAGGAAGCGUACGAAGCCGUCGACUCGAUGCUUGUGAGAAGUAUUUUUGGCUCUGCGGGUGGUCGUGUCGUCAUUGAGGAAUAUCUUGAAGGAGAAGAAGCUUCAUUCUUUGCUAUAGUCGAUGGAGAGAAUGCAAUAGCCCUGGAGUCGGCUCAGGACCAUAAACGAGUCGGAGACGGUGAUACAGGACCGAAUACUGGUGGAAUGGGAGCAUACUCUCCGGCACCUGUCUUGACGAAAGAACUUCAAUCCGUGGUCAUGGAAUCUAUAAUUUUCCCUACAGUGAAGGGAAUGGCUGAAGAAGGUUGCAAGUUUGUGGGGGUUCUCUAUGCUGGGCUCAUGAUUGAGAAGAAGUCUGGAUUGCCAAAACUGAUUGAAUACAAUGUGCGGUUUGGAGAUCCGGAAUGCCAGGUAUUGAUGGUUCGAUUAGAGUCUGAUUUGGCUCAAGUUCUCCUUGCGGCCUGCAAGGGAGAGCUAAGAGGUUUAUCCGUGGACCACUCCACGGACUCAGCCAUGGUUGUUGUCAUGGCCAGCAAGGGGUACCCCGGAAGCUACGAAAAGGGAACAGUGAUUCAAAACUUGGAAGAAGCAGAGCAAGUGGCUCCAAAUGUCAAGGUAUUUCAUGCUGGUACAGCUCUCGACUCAAACGGGAACUUCAUAGCUACAGGCGGACGUGUUCUUGGGGUCACAGUUAAAGGAAAGGAUCUAGAAGAGGCAAGAGAUAGAGCAUACCAAGCUGUCGAGCAAAUUAAAUGGCCUGGAGGGUUCUAUCGGCGAGAUAUUGGUUGGAGAGCUCUCUCACAGAAACAGGCCACAAAGGUGUGAAGUUUUGGGUUAUAAGGUCAAAUUUAGGCAUCAUAGCUCAACAUGGUUUUAGCGAAAAUGAUCUGUGUUUGUACUGAAGUCAUUCUUUUACAACUCGUAUUUUUCCUUGUGAAGGAAGCUCGGGAUUGAUAAAGACAAGUUUUGAAAUAUACGAUGUUAUUCUGUAAAUCUUCUUGUGAAGUAUUUUGAACUUAUUAAGAAAGAGAGGCCGUUUUCUUGGAUAA